AUGGAGCAGAGGAGCCUGCUGGUGUCGGCCCUGGGCGUUGGCGUCGGCGUGGGGCUGGGGCUCGCGUCGGCCAAGUGGGCGGUACAGCCGGCGCCCAACGGCGACGGUUUCGGCGCCGGCGCCGCGGAGCUGGAGGCCGAGCUGCGGCGGCUGGUCCUCGACGGCCGCGAGUGCGACGUCACCUUCGACAAGUUCCCUUACUACCUCAGCGAUCAGACGAGGGAGGUGCUCAUCAGCGCGGCUUUCGUCCACCUCAAGAACGCGGAGCUGUCCAAGCACAUCCGGAACCUCUCCGCCGCCAGCCGCGCCAUCCUGCUCUCCGGCCCCACAGAGCCUUACCUGCAGUCGCUCGCGAAAGCUCUGUCCCACUACUUCAAGGCGCGCUUGCUAAUUCUGGACGCCACCGACUUCUCGCUUCGGAUCCAAAGCAAAUACGGGGGCUCCACUAAGGCCACGGCCCGUAAUCAGUCUGUAGCUGAGACCACGUUCGGGAGGAUGUCUGAUCUCAUUGGAUCCUUUAUGGCAUAUCCUAAGAAGGAUGAGCCUAGAGAAUCACAGCGUCGCCAGACAAGCAACACGGAUUUAAGGGCAAGAGGCUCUGAUGGUUCUAGCAGUACACCUUCGCUUAGGAAAAAUGGCUCUGUAUCAUCCGACAUGAGCGAUCUUGCCUCACAAUGUGCAGGAAAUUCAGUGAGGCGAACCGGUAGCUGGUGUUUCGAUGAGAAAGUUCUGAUCCAGUCACUCUACAAGGUUAUGGUUUCUGUAUCUGAAAACGGUCCGAUUAUUCUUUACAUAAGGGAUGUAGACCAUUUCCUCUGGAAAUCGCAAAGAACUUACUCAAUGUUCCAGAAAAUGUUGGCCAAAUUAUCCGGUCAAGUGUUGAUACUUGGUUCUCGGCUACUCAGUCAUGAUGCUGAUAACAGGGAUGCCGAUGAGAGAAUUAGUACCCUGUUUCCUUACCAUGUUGAUAUCAAAGCUCCUGAGGAGGAGACCCAUCUAGAUUGUUGGAAAAGCCAAAUUGAGGAAGACACAAGAAAAAUCCAGAUGCAAGAUAAUAGAAACCACAUCAUAGAGGUACUCUCAGCAAAUGAUCUAGACUGUGAUGAUUUGAGCUCAAUCAGUGAAGCAGAUACUAUGGUUCUCAGCAAUUACAUAGAGGAAAUCAUUGUCUCAGCCGUCUCCUACCACUUGAUUCACAACAAAGACCCCGAAUACAGAAAUGGAAAGCUCAUGCUAUCUUCUAAAAGUUUGUCCCAUGGUUUAAGCAUUUUCCAAGGUGGCCAUGGUGGGAAAGACACCCUGAAAUUGGAAGAAACAAAGGAUGGUUUGAAAGGAGCUCCUGGAUCUAAGAAAACUGAGACAGUUCCGGUUGGCGAAGGUCCAUCGCCACCACCAAAACCAGAAGUUCCAGACAAUGAGUUUGAAAAGCGUAUCAGACCAGAGGUUAUUCCGGCAAGUGAGAUAGGAGUGACAUUUGAUGACAUUGGAGCCCUGGCUGAUAUCAAAGAGUCUCUUCAGGAGCUGGUUAUGCUUCCUCUUCGACGGCCCGAUCUUUUCAAAGGAGGACUUCUGAAGCCCUGCAGAGGCAUUUUACUGUUUGGGCCACCUGGAACCGGGAAGACCAUGCUUGCAAAGGCUAUAGCAAAUGACGCCGGUGCCAGCUUCAUCAAUGUAUCGAUGUCCACCAUCACAUCGAAAUGGUUUGGGGAGGAUGAGAAAAAUGUCCGGGCAUUGUUCAGUUUGGCUGCCAAGGUAGCUCCCACUAUUAUUUUUGUGGAUGAGGUAGACAGCAUGUUGGGGCAGCGCGCUCGCUACGGUGAACAUGAGGCGAUGCGGAAGAUCAAGAACGAGUUCAUGAGUCACUGGGAUGGUCUCUUGUCAAAAACAGGUGAAAGAAUUCUUGUUCUUGCCGCGACAAAUAGGCCGUUUGACCUUGAUGAAGCCAUCAUCAGGAGAUUUGAGCGCAGAAUCAUGGUUGGGCUUCCAACUCAAGAGAGCAGAGAGCUGAUCUUGAGGACACUGUUGUCAAAGGAGAAAAUUGACGAAAAUAUUGAUUUCAAGGAACUUGCAACCAUAACGGAGGGAUACAGUGGCAGUGAUCUCAAGAAUCUUUGUGUCACUGCUGCUUACCAGCCUGUUAGAGAGCUGCUGAAGAAAGAAAGAGAGAAAGAACUGGAGCGAAGGGAAAAGGAGCCAAAAGAGAAGGCUUCCGAGAAUUCGGAAGCUCUGGAGGGUAAGAAGGAGGGCUCAGAAAGCAAAGAGGCUCCGAAGAGCAAGGAGAGUUCAGAAAGCAGCAAAGACGAGAAUUCAGACAGCGAGGCGGAUAGCUCAGAGGCGAAGGCUGAAGGCGAGAAGGAAGGGGCCAUUGACCUUAGGCCACUGACGAUGGAAGACCUGAGGCAGGCAAAGAACCAAGUUGCAGCGAGCUUCGCCGCCGAGGGUGCUGUGAUGAACGAGCUCAAGCAAUGGAACGACCUGUACGGCGAAGGGGGCUCCAGGAAGAAACAGCAGCUGACGUACUUCUUGUAA